AUGCGGAAUUACUUUGUAAUAGAAAAAUCUGAUGAUGGUGAAGAAAGGGCUUAUUGUAAGAAAUGUCCAAAGAGUUAUUUGUGGCAGCCUACUAGUGGAACAUCUAAUUUGAAAAGACAUUAUGAAAAAUGCUCACUAAAUGUGGAUGUAGAAAGAAAGAGGGUGAAGUUUGAUGAUAAAAUUGCUAGGGAGAAGUUUAGUAGGGUGAUUAUACGACAUAAUCUACCUUUUCUUGUGGUUGAAUAUGAGGAGCUUAGGGAUUUUCAUAGUUAUUUAAACCCAGAUUAUAAAUGCUAUACUAGAAACACAGCUGCUGCUGAUGUGGUCAAAACUUGGGAGAAGGAAAAGCUGAGAUUAAGCAAAAUUCUUUCAUUUUGUGAUAUACUUCCUCCUCACACUGGUGAUGCAUUAGCUGGUAAGAUUCAUGAAUGCUUAAAAGAGUGGGGGACAGAGAAAAAGGAUGGUUUAUUUGUUAUUAGUGGUGCAUUGACUAAGAUCAGAGAAACUGUAAAGUAUCUUAAAGGCUCAAAGUCUAGACGUAUUGCAUUUGGGGAAUGUGUAGAAGGUGAUGGUGAAGUUCUUUUGUCUUUGGAUGUUCAGCAUAGAUGGAAUUCAACUUACUUAAUGCUAGAGAAGGUUUUAAAGUAUGAGCGUGCUUUAAAUAGGUUUAAAGUGGUUGACAAAAAUUACAAACAUUGUCCCUCAACUCAAGAUUGGAAGAGAGCAAAGUUGAUUCAUGAGAUUUUGAUGCCCUUCUAUAGUAUUACUACUUUGAUGUCUGGAAGAAGUUAUUCUACAUCUAACUUGUACUUUGGGCAUGUAUGGAAGAUUCAGUGUUUGUUGGAAGUGAAUAGGAAUCAUGAUGACAACAUGAUUAGAGAGAUGAUACAUAAGAUGAGGCUGAAAUAUGAUAAAUAUUGGGAGUAG